GUCCUAACAUUUCUAUCGUGCUUAUAUUUCUCUCUCUCUCUCCCCAUCAAAACAAAAAAAAAAACAAAAAACAAAAAAACCUCCCAAACUCUCAAGUCUCUUAUCAAUGGCUUCUGCCACCAUAACAUUCCCAAUCGUCAUCACCACCGAGUCUCUAGACUCCCUCCUCUCUCACCAAACUCUGAUAAACCAUUUCCAAUCUUCACUUCCCACAGUCUCAGCUUCUCUAUGUUCCCCAAUCCGCCAAAGCUACGACGUUUCACCCUCUUCCUCUCUCCUCCUCAUGCCCUCUUGGUCCUCCUCCCCUUCUCUUCCCUACUUAGGCGUCAAGCUCGUGACCUACUUCCCACAAAAUUCCGCACUAAACUUACCCGGGGUGCACGCAAGUUACGUGCUUUUCAGCUCCACAACUGGGCAAACCUUGGCCACCAUGGACGGCACCGCACUGACCCUUUACAGGACUUCUUGUGUUUCUGCCUUGGCUUCGAGGAUUUUGUCCAGAAACGACAGCCAAGUCCUGGUGAUGAUCGGUGCAGGUGCUUUGGCACCUCAUUUGAUCAGAGCCCAUCUCGCGGCAAGGCCCAGUUUGAAGAAAGUGAUCAUGUGGAACCGAACAGUGGAAAAGGCCAGAAAUUUGGCUGAGAAAAUGCAAGAAAGUGUGGCAUUUGAAGGGGUCUGUUUCGAGAGCAAUGGAUGCUUGGAUGAGGUGGUUGGGAUGGGGGACAUCGUCAGCUGCGCGACGAAUUCGGAGGUGCCUCUUGUGAAGGGGAAGACACUGAAGGCAGGGGCGCACUUGGACUUGGUUGGAUCUUUCAAGCACUCAAUGAAGGAGUGUGAUGACGAGGCGAUAAGGAGAGGGAGAGUGUUUGUUGAUAAUGAGGCUGCGUUGGUGGAGGCAGGGGAGCUGGUGGGUGCGUUUGAGAGAGGGGUGAUUGGGAAGGCAGAUGUUUGUGGGAUGCUGGUAGAGUUGAUCAAAGAAGACAAGGCUGGGAGAAGAAGCUGUGAGGAGAUUACUGUGUUCAAGUCAGUCGGUUCUGCAGUUGUGGAUAUUCUUGCAGCACAAUUGGUCUAUGAAACCCACAUGCGGCAAAAUCAGUAAUGCUUGCUUACACACAAAUCGAAUUUUACUUUUGAAGUUUUGAAUUCUGGUCUUUGUUCCUCAAUUUGUACUUUGAGAACAUAAUCAGUGAAUAAAAUGCAACACCAAAACUGUUUUAUUAUUA